ACCCAGGUUCCGAUUAUCAAGGAGACAAAAUGCUAACUUUAUCGGCGACUUCGACGAGCGUGGUGGCUUCGUGGGAUACUCAGCAGAGGCUUUCGUAUAAUCCCAAUGCCCCGAGAAGGCCCGGCAAGAAACCCAGUACUCUCGCUCUCUCGCCGACCUCCCAAGCCACCGGAAACGUUACCUUAGCUGCCCCAAAUGUCCGGCCGGACCAAAUUGUCUCCGACCUCCUCAAGCGUCGCAGUCCCAGCCCAAUUGAAGGCAAACCAGUGGAGCCGGAGGGUCUCUAUUUGGGAUGUGAGCAGUGGUUGCCAAAUCCACCUAAGGUUCAGAAACCUCGAUCCGUGUUCAAUGCAGCAUCAUUAGCAUAUAUUGGUGAUUGCAUCUACGAGCUAUAUGCUCGCAGGCACUUUCUGUUUCCUCCAUUGAAUAUUGAAGAAUACAAUGACCGUGUGAUGGCUGUCGUUCGUUGUGAAGCACAGGAUAUUCUACUCCAGAAACUUCUUAAUGAUAAUUUCUUAACAGAGGCAGAGAGGGACAUCCUUCGCUGGGGAAAAAACGUUGGUUCCUCCAAAACACGUACAAAGAAGCGUGCUGGUGCAGCAGUUUAUAAUAGGGCGUCUUCUCUAGAAACUUUAAUUGGUUACCUUUACCUGAACAAUGUUAAACGGUUGGACGAAAUCAUGCAAAAGCUCGGCUUCUCAACGGAUUCAUCCUUGCAAUUGAUUUCAGAGGAAUCAAAUAGCAACCAACUGGGUAAGUUAGGAGACAAUGACAAGAGCUGAUAAUCGUUGAGCGGAACCAUGGGACUACACUAAUACUUCUAAAUGGAUUAGUCCAUCAGCGUCUAUACAGUUUAUCAGAAAUUGAUUUUUGUGGCUGCUGGCUCUGCUUGAUCUGUGUACAUCUUACACCAUUCUUUCCAGUUCGUAAAGCUCCGUGCAGAUAGGCAUGUUAGUUAGUUGACAUUUGUGGUUCUUAGUUGCCUAUUACUUGUACUUUGUGGGAGUUGUGUAAAUUAUCUUUUCAAACUCUCUUGUUAUUACAUCCCUCUUACCAUUUUGUAUUCUGGCGAUGUCUCCAACUUCUAUCUGCAGCAACGUAGCAUGGAAAUACAGAUAUUUGAAGAGAUAUUUGGCUCAAGAUAAAGGAUGUAAUCCAGUAUAAACGACGCGGUUAUAAAACUUCAGUUUGGUUUGGUUUGUGUGCGUUGUUUUGGCACGAGAUUAUGAUUCCUAAAAAGUGCCACUUUAGCUUGAGUUUGAAGAGGCAAAAAGGAAGAAUAAAGUUGAGGUGAAAUUACCAUAUUAGGACUGCUUCACAGCAUGAGAAGCCCAACAUGGUCCAAACAGAGCAGAAAUGAAAUCAGCAGAAAGCCCAAGAGAAAGGAGAAACCCACCCCUUAUUCGACAUCUUAAACCUAGCCUAGAAAUCUUAAGUCGGGGAUAGAUAUGGAAGAAUCGUGCAGCCUAAGUUUGAAUAGUUUGUGUUUGAGGUUCAGGUUUGUAUAGCGUAUUUGGACUGCUUCGCAGCUUGAGAAGCCCAACAUGGUCCAUACAGAGCAGAAACGAAAUCAGCAGAAAGCUCGAUAAAGGAGAAACCCACCACUCGGAGGGCGUUUGGCACACAGAUUCGACAUUUUUUCAGCUUUUUUUUUUUUUUUUUUUUUUUUGGUGGAGGGUU